AUGGCGGGUAUAAUCACUCCGCAUUUUGGUUUCCAUCCCGCAGCCGUUGACCAUUCGCCAUCUCCUCUCGGCUUUGCUUUUGGGCUCUCCUCAGCCGCAUCCGUUCCCGGUUGGCAGCCUCCAGGCAUGCAGACACCGCCGUUCGUGCCUUCCGCCUCGACUUUCAGUGGCUCCCAGAAGGCGGCUCAGAAGCGGAGACAUGAUGAUUCUGAUCACGAUGAGGCUAUGGACCGCAGUCCGACUCCGGAGCGGAGACCCGUCCGUCCCAUGAAGCAGAUGCGUGUGCGACCAGCAGAAAGCCGAUCGCAAGAGGGUGCAGCAGAUCACGGUAAAGCGAGCAAGGAAAACAGAUCUGCCCGCUCCGAUUCGGGAGAUGAUGUGGACGUUGGUAUGCUGCUUGCCAGUCUUCCUCCACAAUCCCUACUGCCAAUUUUGACUUCCUUGCUUUCGACAAAUCCGUCAUUAAAGCCAACAGUCCUUUCCCUGAUACCCCGUCCGACGCUGGAUACCGCUCUUAAUGCGCUAAAUCAAGCCGCCAAAAAGCUGGUGGAGGAAUACCCAUAUUCUGCCUCAUCACAGUCCUUCACUCGUCAAUCCCCCUCAAUUUCGUUCGGAUUCGGAACAUCAAGCUCCACUUCGAGCUUCGGUCGUUCGACAUCGCCGGGUGUGAAUCACGCAGGCAUGCGUGACGAUUAUGUUUUAUCACGUCUUCGUCCUGCUAUAUCCGACUUCGUCUCGACUGUCUUCUCGUACAUGCCGUAUUUUUCUUUCAUGUCUGACGCGUCGGACCUACAGCCGGCGGCCACAGGGAAGGAGAAGAUCUAUCCCCAUCCAUCGGAGACAUUCGCAUAUUUGUCUGCUGUGACCAACCACCUCAUUAAUCAACCUCCGCUCUGUCAGUCGUCUCUAGCACCUCUUCUCCUCCCGCGGCUGUUACAGGAGUGGAUGGCGUGGGUAAAUAGAGUUAAUGAGGUCCUAAAGCAGGGCGGAAUGAUCGGGUCGGGCAUAGCGGAGAGCUGGAUUGAAGCACUGGACAGAUACGCGGAGGUCAAGAUUGAAGGAGUCAACGAUAAUAUGAAAUAUGGAUUAAGCGACGUCCGGAAUAGAUGGAUUUCUGUAGCCGGAUGGCUAGUGGGCCGAAACGUGCCAUUUGUCUGA